GGAAUGUCAGAUCUUGAAAAUCAAACGGUUCUUAACUCGCCACGUCAUCGACUAUAAGUUAAUCUGUCCCUAUCCUCAAAGAAAAAAAGGCUCCAAAGGCAAAACCUUUUUUUUUGUUUUGUUGACUCAUUCGGAGAUUCGGGGAAGAAGACGAAGAAGAUGAAGUGUUUUCACUUCACCAACGGCGAGAAGAGAGGAGGAGGAGACGAAGGAGAAAACGGCAUCGUUUCAAAGGCUUCGAGACUCUCAUGGGCUCGUUCUUUAAGCGUAGCGUCUUCAACCGCUUCCGACCCGACUCGCCGGUCCGAGUUCGACUCGGACUGGAGUUUCUCGCCGGAGCGUUUCGGUUUCCCGAAGCCACUGAGUCAACGUUGGAUCGGUGGAAUCGCCGCCGAGAACGAUCUAAAGGUAUUCACCUACGGCGAGCUGAAAUUGGCUACGAAAGGCUUCAAUAGAGCUCUUUUGAUCGGCGAAGGAGGCUUCGGUUGCGUUUAUAGAGGCGUCGUCGUCGUCGAUGGUUUCGAUUCUAAGGUUAACGUCGCCGUGAAACAGCUUAAUCGUCAAGGUUUACAGGGGCAUAAUGAAUGGAUAAAUGAGGUGAAUUUUCUAGGAGUAGUGAAUCAUCCAAAUCUUGUGAAGCUUGUUGGUUAUUGCGCCGAUGACGACGAGAGAGGGAUGCAGAGGCUUUUAGUUUACGAGCUAAUGUGCAAUAGAAGCUUGGAGGAUCAUCUUGUAGGCAGAGUAGUAUCAUCUUCUGUGUCUCUUCCGUGGAUGACUAGGUUGAAGAUUGCUCAAGACGCUGCUCAAGGCUUGGCUUAUCUUCAUGAAGAAAUGGAUUUUCAGUUGAUUUUCCGGGACUUCAAGUCUUCAAACAUCUUGCUUGAUGAGAGGUUUUGUGCUAAACUCUCGGAUUUUGGAUUAGCUAGGCAAGGACCUCGUGAAGGACUUGGUCAUGUCUCAACUUCAGUUGUAGGUACGGUUGGUUAUGCAGCUCCAGAGUAUGUACAAACAGGGAAAUUGACAGCGAAGAGCGAUGUUUGGAGCUUCGGUGUAGUGUUGUAUGAGCUGAUCACGGGAAGACGAGCAGUGGACAGGAACCUACCUCGCGGGGAGCAGAAGCUUCUUGAAUGGGUGAAACCUUAUGUAUCAGACUCAAAGAAGUUCCAUGCGAUUGUGGAUCCACGGCUCCAAGGAAGGGACUACUCUAUGAAGUCUGUUCAGAGAGUAGCUGCGUUAGCUAACAAAUGUCUAAUGAAGCAGCCUAAGUCUCGGCCUAGGAUGAGUGAAGUGGUUUCAGUUCUUGGAAGCAUCAUUGAUGAAGAGAGGGAGAACGCUCCUCCUCCACUUGCUGAUGAAACAGAAGAGAUCGUCGAAGCUGAGCCUGAGGUGGUGAAGCAAGGGAGUAAAUAUCGGAAGAAGGUUCUUGAUAUAAGGGAUAAGAUGAGCUUAAACAAGUCUCUUUCGAAGCUAGACUGGCGAAACUGGACACCGGGACUGGUUAGAACAUGGUAAAGUUAGUUUCUUCACUGUAUAUAUAAACUUCUUAGCCAAAGAUUAACGUAAAAAGUCUCUUGUUUGUUACUAUCCGAAUCGUCUUGUUGUGCAUUUGCUUGUAUAUACAUGUUUAGAAAACAGCUCUCUUUGUUCUC